AAGGGUUUUCUGUAUGGUUUUUUUUACUCAUUUUCCAACGUUUUGUGAGAUAUAUUUUCCUCGACCAUGCGAACGUUAUGAUGUCCAAUAUCUUCCCAACAGUACGCGGCUUACCUUGCUAACCAUGUCAGUAGGAUUAUCAUCUCCUCAUGGAGGGUGCGCUACCGAAUAUGCCUGCUGAAGCGGGUGCCGCUGUGGUUCAAGAACAGCCUAUGAAACGUCGCCCGGGUAGGCCCAAGGGCAGCGGCAAGAAGCAACACACAAGUGUCCCUGUAGUUACAGGUGAGAAAAUUAAGCGACCGGUCGGUCGUCCGAGGAAGGAUGGGCUUCCUGCAGGCUCUGUUGGGCCACGCCGGGCGACGCGACCAAGAAAGCCGUCUGUGAAAGUGGCCACUGAGGCUGCGCCACUCCCGCCAGGGGUACCAUUUCCAGGCGCGUAUUAUCCUCAGCAUCCUGGAGUACCCCAAUGGGAGACGGGGUUGCCCCCAGGUGGUGCCCAGGCGUCGAUUUCAGCUCCUCCGCCUGCCCUCCCUGCGGGAAACGUGGUGCCUCAAACGUAUUCGAUCGACCCCAAACUUAAUCGAGAUGAGUGGGCUGACCUCAUGCGAACAAAACCCGAUAAGUUCAUGCAUGAAUUAUUAACGGCGCUGGCUGCCCCAAAUCCCUCGCCCAAUGACGGUCCGACCGUAGAGGACGCUUUCAAGUCCCACCUCAGUUCUUUGGCACCCACCGCCGCGCAGAACAAAGAAGGUCAUGCCAUACCCUCGCUUUAUUCUGUUUUAAAGACUUUUUGGCUUCCCUCGUCGCCAGCUUAUCUGUCUUUGAUUGCUGCUGGCCCAAACGCUCGUACUCUGUCCGAACACAGGUUUUUAUACUGGGAUCCUCUGCCUCUGGUAUUCAACGGGAUUGGAUGUAGUAGUUGCGGGGUCCCGCUCCACAACCGAGGGCGGAUCAAAUCAGGACCUAUCAAAGUGUAUGACCUCGAGAAGCCGUUCUUUGUUAUUGGUUGCGAGUAUGUCUGCCGAAGUCCAACAUGCCUCACGACUGCGCCACUCGAAGGGAGAAAGUUCGCGAGUACGGACGCUUCCAUCAUGCAAGCUCUUCCAGCCCGAUUGAAAGAGGAGUUUCCUGCUCGGCUUCUUCAGGGCGGGUCCAACUUAGGGAGCGGGCCAAACGUCUGGAAUUGGCAUGCAAUGGGCGUAUCGAAAUCGCUGUGGAACAUGGUUAAAGGUGGUCUGAAAGCCGGCAUGUCUAAGGACGCUAUCAUUCAGGUGAUCGGUGUCAUUCAGAAUCCGCUGAAAGAGGAUAAGGAAACACACGAAGAGGAGGAAGAUGAGGAUGCCGCAGGUGAGGACGUACCAGGCAUUUCCGCCGUCAUCCAACCUGAUGGCGGUGACAUGACGAUUUCUCAAAACACUGCGAAUGAUUAUAGUGGCGUUUGGAAGGGAAGCAAUGGCGUGACUGAGGCUGGCCCGAGCCAAACCAAUGGUCCACACGCGACAUCUUCUAACCUAGCCAAUGUCACACCGGAUAUGCCAAAUCAACCAACCACCUCCGCCCAGCCUUUUACCUAUGCACAACCCGGUCCUUACGUUGCAUAUCCAUAUGCUAACUAUCACCCGUACCUCACCCAGGCUCACCCGAACCCCAACGCCUCUCAUCCUCAACCCACGCCCUCUGGCCAUACUGGAGGUGACCAGAAUGGUUUGAAAAGGCCAUUUGGUUAUGGAGAUGGCAAUGGCGAAGUCUCUAUUCUAGAGCCCUCUCAGAAACGAACUCGACACUGUUGCAAGUGCGGUUCCCAGGAUUGCAAAGGCAAAGGGGGGCGCUCGUUCUGUCUUAAUGCUUGUCAAGAUUGUGGCAAGAUAGAUUGUCGUGGUAGGAACAGCAGGCGACCGGAUAAGGUGUGCUCCGAGGCCUGGAAUUGAACCUUACGAUGGACAUCUAUGUGAUGUCUUGUGUUUAUUAAUGCAAUGGUUGUCUGCUGCACGACUCGGCAUGUAUUUAACGUUCGACGGAACCCAUGCUCCUCUCGUGCUGUUCGAUGUUACUUUGGAACGUGCAUUCAUACUGUCCACAAGACACUAACUGAUGUUGACCGAUCUCUGAGUCAUAUCAUGGAUAAGUAGUAUCGUGU